GACGGGCUCCGGAGAGGCAGAGCGGUCAAACUCUCGGUAACUACCGCACUUUCUCCACCGCGGGACUCGCUGCCCGGGGCUGGAACACUUUCAUUCCACUUCAGGGUCCGGGACACGCCGAGAGAAACCUCCCCUCCGACCGGGUCCUGGCUCCCGGGGGCUUUUCUCUGUCUCUUACCCGCAGAGCUCGAGCGUCAGCGGGGCGAAGCAACGGUUUCCACUCGCUCCGUGUUGUGAUGGCUAGCCUCCGCUAGCAGGCUAGCUAGCUACAUGGCUGGUGCUGGUGCUGGUGCCGCCGCGGAGAAGCCGAUAAUCACCUAGCUCGCCCGGCGGCUGCUUCGCCACAAACGCGUCGCCACCUCCGGACGUUCCCCGGUGGAGCCACGUAGCGGUCAUUGUGCUGGGUGUUGCGGGAAGGUCGAGCACCGCAGGGAAGGAUGAUAUCCACACCCAGAGGGUUCCUCAACGUGCCUCUCAACACCAGGGAGCGAUUCUCUUCAUAAAACAGCAUGCACCUCGUCAGGUCGGACCUCCCUCGCCGCUGCAGAGAUUCCUCCUCCCUGCGUUUGGAUUCAUCAGGCGCGUUUUAAAGACCCAAAACACUCAGGACUGGAUGUGCAGCCUUAUCUCUGUUCCCCCCCUCCCAGCUUAUAUCCGGUAAAACAUUAACUGUGUGUCUGUGCGGGUUGGAUAUGCACAGAUACAUAUAGUCGUCAGUGUGAACUAGCUCAAAGAAGGACGUCCAGGACGGGGAUAGGUGCACAGGGAAGACCCACACAGAAACAUGGCCUCUGUGUGGAAGAGACUGCAACGUGUGGGGAAGCAUGCCUCCAAGUUCCAGUUUGUGGCUUCCUACCAGGAGCUGAUGGUGGAGGGCACUAAGAAAUGGCAACCAGACAAACUUGUGGUGGUCUGGACUCGCAGAAGUCGACGGAAAUCUUCCAAGUCCCACGGCUGGCAGCCUGGUAUCAAGAACCCCUACAGAGGAGUGGUGGUGUGGCCGGUCCCAGAGAACAUUGAGAUCACUGUCACUCUUUUUAAGGACCCACAUGCAGAGGAGUUUGAAGACAAAGAGUGGACGUUUGUCAUUGAGAACGAGUCUCCCUCAGGGCGGAGGAAGGCCUUGGCCACCAGCAGUAUCAACAUGAAGCAGUACGCCAGUCCCAUGCCCACACAGACCGACGUCAAACUCAAGUUUAAGCCUCUGUCGAAGAAGGUGGUGUCGGCCACGCUGCAGUUCUCCCUCUCCUGCAUCUUCCUCCGUGAGGGAAAGGCCACUGACGAGGACAUGCAGAGCCUGGCCAGCCUGAUGAGCAUGAAACAGGCAGAUAUCGGCAACUUGGACGACUUUGAGGAGGAGAACGAGGAGGACGAGGAGAACAGGGUCAACCAGGAGGAGAAGGCCGCGAAGAUCACAGAGCUGAUCAACAAGCUGAACUUCCUGGAGGACGAGGAUCAGGAGACGCCUCCUGCCAUGAGCUCAAAUCCCUUCGAGGACCCCGAGGACGACCUUCAUCCAAACCACCUCAACCCGUUUGGAGAGCCCGAGGAAGAGGAGGAGCCUCACGCCCAGCCGGUCUUACAGAAGCUCGACCACGAUGUUUCCCUUUAUGACCACGACUCCUCGAAUCCCUUCAGUGAACCAGAUGAACUAGAGACACAAACAUCCCCAGGGAACCCCUUCGAGGAGCCGGACCAGGACCAGGACCAGGACCAGGAUAUAGACCCCCUGCCAGACCCAGAACCCCCAAAGCCCCGGCAGAGGAAAGGUGUACGGCCUGUUGACAUGAGCAAGUACCUGUAUGCAGACACCUCUCGCAACGAGGAGGAGGAGCUUGAUGAAUCCAACCCAUUCUAUGAGCCAAGAGCAUCGAGCCCUUCAGGGGCCCCCGCUGGUGGCUCCUCCCCCGAUAUGGACCGGAGCCAGAAGAGGAAGGCUCCCCUGCCCCCGGGUCCCAGCGCUGGACUUGGCCCCAGUCCAUCGGCUCCCCACCCACCCUGCCCUGGUCCAGAGAGAGAGAGAACGCAGCCUAUUGGGCCCAGCCCAGUGGCAGCACUGAUGGGGAGAGAGCUGGCCUCCUUGUCCCCCAAGCCCAGCCCCGUCCCGAGUCCGAUCUUGGGAGGGAAGCCGAACGCCAGCCAGUCUCUGUUGGCCUGGUGCCGCGAGGUCACCAAGAACUACCGCGGGGUCAAGAUCACCAACUUCACCACCUCAUGGAGGAAUGGCCUGGCCUUCUGCGCCCUGCUGCACCACUUCAGACCGGACACAAUAGACUACAAGUCGCUCAAUCCUCAGGAUAUUAAAGAAAACAACAAAAAGGCGUAUGAUGUCUUUGCGAACCUGGGCAUCUCCCGCCUCCUGGAGCCGUCUGACAUGGUGCUGCUGGCUAUUCCCGACAAGCUCACGGUGAUGACCUACCUGUACCAGAUCCGCGCCCACUUCUCCGGCGAGGAGCUCAACGUGGUGCAGAUCGAGGCCAACAGCAACCGCAGCACGUACAAAGUGGGCGACUUUGAGACCGACACCAACGCCUCCAUAGGUCAGGACAAGUUUUAUGCCGAACUCAGCGAAGUGCAGCCCCGCCCGGCUUCCUCUGAGCCGCCUGGGUCUGCUGGGGCCGCUACCUCCGAGUCCAACGGCACUAAAGCUCCAGAGGAGGAAGCACCGGAGCCGGGUUGGAAGGCUGAUGUAGCAGCGGUGUCGGCCAGCUUGCCAACAGCAGGGCAUCUGGAGUCAUCACCUCCUGUCCCUUCACCACGCACAGUAUUACCCACCGCAGCCUCGGGCUCGACCCACGCCUCGCCGCCCGGCUCGGAGGACCGGGGGCAGCUGCUCAAAGCGAACACUUUAGACAUUAGUGAGCUCCCGCAGAGGGUGGAGAGAGAGAUGGAGAAGGAGGUGGGAGAGGAGAGACAGGAGGGAAGUACUGAUCCCGCGUCUCCGACCAGGAGAGGGGUCCCCUCCUCACCCCCCCACCAGAAACUGGGCUUCUCCUACAACAGGGACGCGGACCUCAUCAAGAAGAAGAGGGCGAGCCUGCGUCACUCUGAGUCUGAGCCCGCCUCAGACACCUGCCCCCCCGCCGUCAACCACACAGACACGCCUCCCAAUCAGGAGCCAACGCCUUCAGCUGUAUCAAGUCCUCCGGCUGAGAAGAAGGUUCUGUCUCGUCAAGAGGAGCUGAAGGAGAGAGCCCGCCUCCUCCUGGAGCAGGCCCGCCGAGACGCUGCCAUGAAGGCCGGCAACAAGAACGCUCCCAACUCAGCCGUGACGGCUCUAACCAGGACCACAACUGUCUGCGAUGAGCGGGAUGCAGAGCGGCGGAGACAGCUGAGAGAGCGAGCCCGGCAGCUGAUAGCCGAGGCUCGGUCCGGAGUCAAGAUGUCUGACAUGACCUCACUGGACCCGUCCAGCACCGACAGAGGGAAGGGAGGCAGGGGCAGCCCGGCUGGAGAUGUUUUGGACGGAGUGAGGGAUCAUCAUGAGGAUGAUGAUGGUGACAGGGGUGAGGAUGAGGAAGAGGGGAGGGCUGAGGAGGAGAAGCCCCAUGUUGGUGAUGAUGGUGGUGGUGAUGAUGACACUGUUGCUGCUGCCACGUCUCCGUUUGCACUGGUUACUAACCCGCUGCCACUGGAGGCCCUGCUACCAGCCACUUCCAGCUUCCAGGGGGCCCUGGAGCUUACUAACCCCGGCUCUGAGCUAACCUCUCUGGGUACCAACAGUCGACACGUGGACCUGAAGCUGAAGAAGCUGGUGGACGUCAGCCCGAGACCAGUCACCUCCCCUUCGUCCCCGUCCUCCACCUCCUCCUCAUCCUCGCCCUCUGCCUCCUCCACCUCUCCACUCAGCCCUGCAGAAGGACUGGAGAAUAACGCUGAGGAGCUGCGAGCAGAGCGGCUGCGCAGAGCAACAGAGAGACUGCGCAGCCCAGUCGUCUUCAACAAGGACUCUGCCGUCCGCAAAACCCAGCUGAAGUCCUUCAGCCAGUAUGUGGAGAGCAGACCAGAGAUGAAGAGGCAGAAGUCUGUUUCUGAGGAUCUGAAGAAGGCUGAGGAGGACAGAGGUUCAUCGACAGAGAUUGAUAUUCGCAGACCAUUUGAAGAAGAGAAGGCGUUCAAAGACACCAGUCAGUAUGUGGUUGGGGAGCUGUCUGCACUGGAGAGCGAGCAGAGGCACAUAGACGCCCGAGCUGCUCGCGUGGAGAAGAGGCUGCGCUAUCUCAUGGACACAGGAAACAAUAAAGAGGAGGAGGAGGCCAUGAUGCAGGAGUGGUUCAUGCUGGUCAACAAGAAGAACGCCCUCAUCCGGAGACAGAACCAGCUCUCUCUGCUGGAGAAAGAGCACGAUCUGGAGAGACGCUUCGAACUGCUGAACCGGGAGCUGAGAGCCAUGCUGGCCAUCGAGGACUGGCAGAAGACCGAGGCCCAGAAGAGACGGGAGCAGCUGCUGCUGGACGAGCUGGUCAUACUGGUCAACAAACGGGACGCACUGGUCCGGGACCUGGACGCCCAGGAGAAACAGGCCGAGGAGGAGGACGAGCACCUGGAGAGGACGCUGGAGCAGAACAAAGGCAAGAUGGCCAAGAAGGAGGAGAAGUGUGUCCUCCAGUGAUCGUCUCGUUUCAGAAAGACACAACCAACACAUGUAGCCGAUGGAAGAAAUGUAUCGCUGUCAUCCUUGUUGUUAUGAUUAUGAUUUGAAAGCAGCUUGUUGACGUCUGAAUCCUCACGUGGUCGUUGCUCCGCGGAGACUCGGCCUCGACCAACUUUCUACAAACUGCCCCACGUGUCCACCGUGUUUUUAUUUUUUCCUUGUCCCUCUUUUACCGAGACAUGGUACUUGUGUGUAAUAUGAUUGUGUUGAGACGAGCGCAGACAUGUGACCAGUGUGUGUGUGUGGAGAGCAGUGGGACUGAGGUACAGCACAACUGGGAUUAAUGGGGGAUCUUUUAUUUUAUGUUUUUAUUAUUUCCAGACGAGGGGGCUGACGUCUCAGUCGGACUUUUAAAAAGGAAACACAAUAAUUGUUCAAGCUACUUCAUUACUUGACUGUUUCUUUUAAUUAUUUCUACUUGUAAAAUAUCUUAAAGGGGGGGGGGGUGGGGGGGGAGCACAUAACGUUCAUAAAUCGUAACUUUUCCUAUUGCUUUUUUUAUCGUCUUGGCUUGAAAGCAGUUUACCAAAAGAAAAGAUAAUGUUUUAAAAAACAAAAUAAAAACACAUUGAUGUAUAUUUCCCUCUCUGCUCCGACCAGCAGCUUCCAGAUCCUCCGUCACUCUCUCUCAGAAAUCAUGCAGUCGGAAAACACACACAAAAAAGAAUCUAUAUUAUUUAUUGUCUUAUAAGCUGCUUGUAACUGAACCUACCAUCACAGUCUCGUGUGCGUUUUUUGUCUGCACAACUUUGUGGUUUCUAUUUAUUGUAUCCUGAAGAAUAGAACUAUGUUUCCACGUGCGUGUCUCUGCGGAGCUCCACGCUGCAGUUGUUCCAUUUUACCUGUUUUUUUUUUAUUUAUUCCAGUGUCAUAACCCAAGUCUUCAAUAAUAAAAAGUCCUUAUGAUUUCAUAUUCCA